GGGAUUUUUUUGAGGGGGAAGAUCUUUGUGAGGGGACCCGAGGGGGGAUUGUUUCUGAAGGGAUCUCUCAGGGAACCCUCCGUGAAGAAAUCUCUGUGAGGAUUGAUCCUUGUGAGGAGAUCCGAGGGAAUUUCUGAGGGGGGGAAUCAUUUCUGAAGGGAUCUCUGAGGGCUUCUUCCGUGAGAAAUUCCUCUGAGGAGGUUUCUGGGAUGGGGAUCAGGUUUCUGACAGGGGAUCUCUGUGGGGACGGAUCCUCUGCGAGGAAAUCUGAGGGAAUUUCUGUGGGGGGAUCCAAGCGGGGAUUGUUUUUGUGGGGAAAUCUGUGGGGAUUGACCCUUUGUGAGAUCCUGGAGUGAAUUUUUGAGGGCUCUUCUGCUGGGAGGAGCUGAGGGGGAUUCCUCUGUGAGGAUCUCGGGGAUCUGUGGGGCAGGACCCACGGGGAAGCCCCCCAUUAAAAGGGGGAAUUCUGAGGGGGCAGAAAGGAGAGGAUGGGCCCCACGGAGGGGACGGGGCUGCACAAAUGGCUUUGAGGACAAAAAAAAAGCGGGAUUUGGGUGCAGGUCCUUCAUGAGAAGGGUGAAGGUUGAUGAUUUUUUGGGUCAUUUUGGGUUAUUCGUCUCCCAAGCGACGGUUCCAUCAAAACGCGGGCAGCGUUGCGCAGAGCACCGAUGCACAAAACCCUGCGAUCGAGGCAGCGCGCUGAACCCCUAUGUGUCGGUGCCUGCUGGGGUCCUGCCUCCGGAGCCCGUGCGGGGAUGUGUGGGAGACCCCGCGCCGGCCGCCGCUCAAACCUCACGAGCUGCACGUGCAGGAGCCCUCCGGGAACCACCUGACGGCCGAGCAGAGCCAGCCCAGCACCAGCGUGGACCUCGACUUCCUGGAAGAUGACAUCCUGGGCUCGCCGGCGGGCGGCGGGGGCAACCUGCCCAGCUCGGAGCAGCCCUGCGACAUCCUGCAGCAGAGCCUGCAGGAGGCCAACAUCACCGAGCAGACCCUGGAGGCCGAGGCCGAGCUGGACCUGGGCUCCUUCCAGCUGCCCACGCUGCAGCCCGUGGUGCAGGCCGCCUCCGACGGCGCUCCGCAGAUCUUCUCCGGCGGCGCCGACCUGAUCGGCCUGCAGCAGCCCGCCGUGCUCACCCACCAGGCGCUGGUGCAGCAGUCGGUGGGGGCGGACGUGGUCAACAAGGCCAUCAGCGUGCAGCCCUUCCUGCAGCAGGUGGGCCUGGGCAACGUCACCAUCCAGCCCAUCUCCAACCUGCAGAGCCUGCCCAACGGCAGCCCCGGCGGCGCGCUGGGCAUCGGGCCCAUCCAGGUGGUGGGGCAGCAGGUGAUGGCCAUCAACCAGCCGGCGCAGCAGAUCAUCGCCAAGCAGGUGCAGCCCUCCCAGGUGGCCACCGUGCCCGUGGGCAGCUACAUCACGCAGACGGCCCCCGAGCAGCAGCAGGUCACCCUGGCCUCCGCCGGCGUGUCCCCGCAGAGCGCCGGCCUGGUCAUCCAGAAGAACCUGCCGGCGGUGGCCACCACCACGCUCAACGGGAACUCGGUGUUCGGCGGCGUGUCGGGGACGCAGGGCUCGCAGCCGCUCACCGUCACCUCCAACCUCAGCAGCCCCCUGGUGCAGGCGCAGAACGUCAUCAUCCACCGCACGCCCACCCCCAUCCAGCCCAAACCCGCCGGCGUCCUCCAGCAGAAGCUCUACCAGAUCACCCCCAAACCCUUCGGCUCCAACAACGCCACGCUCACCAUCCAGAACGAGGCCGCCCUGCAGCAGCAGAAGGCCCAGCAGAACCUCACCUUCAUGGCCGGCAAGCCGGGCCAGAACGUCGUGCUGUCGGGCUUCCCGCAGGGGCUCCCGGCCAACGUCUUCAAGCAGCCCCCGCCUCAGCAGCAGGCGCUCAGCAAACCCAUGAGCGUGCACCUGCUGAACCAGGGCAGCAGCAUCGUCAUCCCGGCGCAGCACGUGCCGCAGGCCAUGCUGCAGGGCCAGAACCAGUUCCUGCUGCCCGGGCAGCUGGCGGGCGCCUCGGCCGUGCAGAUCCCGCAGCAGCUCUCGGCGUUGCCGGCCAACAUGGGCGGCCAGAUCCUGACGGCGUCGCACACCGGCGGCCAGGCGCACAUCAUCACCAGCCAGGGCCCCGGCGGGCAGCUGAUCGCCAACCAGGCGCUGCCGGCGCAGAUCCUCACCAACCAGAACAUCGCCGGGCAGCUCAACCUGGGCCAGGUGCUCACCUCGCAGAACGCCCACGGCACGGCGCACAUCCUCUCGGCGCCCAUCCAGCUGCAGCCCGGCCAGGUGGGGCAGCCGGCGCUCUUCCAGAUGCCGGUCUCGCUGGCCGGCAGCCUGACCACGCAGAGCCAGCCCUCGGUGGCCGCCUCGCUGCCCGGCGGCGCCGCCGCCGCCGCCGCCAUCGGGCAGACGGGGCAGACGGUGAUCCAGGGGGUGACGCUGCCCAGCCAGGUGGCCAUGCUCAACGCCGCCGACAACCUGGGCCAAGCCGUCAGCAUCCAGCCCUCGGGCAGCAGCCAGACCCCGCUGCCCGCCGCCUCCCAGCCCAGCCCCGGCUUGGCCGCCAGCCCCGAGAAGAUCAUCCUGGGCCAGGCGGCCGCCGGGGCCGUCAUCAACCAGGACUCCAUGCAGAUGUUCCUGCAGCAGCUGCAGUUCCCCCCCCAGGGGCCCCCCGCCCCGGCCCUGCACCUAACAGCAGAGCAGCAGAGGAGCUUUCAGAUGGUCCCGGGCCAAUUCCAACCCCUCUCAGCAAUCCCAAAUCCCGCUCCUCAGCAGAAGCAAAUUCUGGACAGGUUCCAGCAGGUGCCGCAGGGGAUCAUUCUGCAGACGAAGCAGCAGACUCCCACCAGCCAGGCCUCCCCGGUGCUGAGCCAGUUCAGCAGCCAGUCCUCCUCCGUCCUGGUCAGCAGCCAGGGGCAGCCGGUGACGGUGACGGCAACGCCGGCCCCCGCGCACAGCCACGCGCCCGCCGCCGGGCCGCCCUCCACCGCAGGUGGCACCGCCCCGGCUCCCGCCGACGCCAAACCCUUCUCCAGCACCGCCGUGCCCAGCACCGCCGGGAAGGGGCCCGCGGCCACGGGGAAACCGGGCGCGUCGCUGGCGAUGCCGCAGCCGGUUCAGACCAAGCCGGGCGUGAUCAGCUCCGUCUCGGGCCUGAACCUGGGCAAGGGCCCGCUGCAGAUCCAGGUGGUGGGGAAAGGAUUGCCGCAGCUCGUGCCCUCGGUGCCGGGCCAGCAGCUGUAUGACAGCAAGCUGGGAAGCCUGAAGAAAACUCCCACACUACAGCCCAGCAAAGAAGCCUGCUUCUUGGAGCAGCUGCACAAACAUCAGGGGGCAGUGCUGCACCCCGACUACAAGAGCUCCUUCCACUCCUUCGAGGACGCCGUGCAGAGGCUGCUGCCCUACCACGUCUACCAGGGCACGCUGCCCUCCGCCCAGGACUACAGGAAGGUGGAUGAGGAGUUCGAAGUGGUGUCCACGCAGCUGCUGAAGCGCACGCAAGCGAUGCUGAACAAAUACCGCCUGCUGCUCCUCGAGGAGUCCCGGCGAGUCAGCCCUUCCGCGGAGAUGGUGAUGAUCGACCGCAUGUUCAUCCAGGAGGAGAAGACCAUGCUGGCGCUGGAUAAGCAGCUGGCCAAGGAGAAGCCAGAUGAGUACGUCUCGUCCUCGUCCCGCUCCCAGAGCCUCUCCUCGGCGGCGGCCCAGCCUUCCUCCUCCUCCUCCUCCUCCUCCGGCCUCGUGCCCGCAGCCGACAGCUCAAAGGCGCCGGCGGCGCAGGCGGCCGCGGCCAUCAACCCCACCAAGCUGGUGAUCAAGCACAGCGGCGGCUCGCCGUCGGUGACAUGGGCCAAGGCCUCCCCCGGCCUGGACGGCGACGAGGACGCGCUGCCGUCGCGCAGCAAGCCCCCGAUCAAAACGUACGAGGCGCGCAGCCGCAUCGGCCUCAAGCUGAAGAUCAAGCAGGAGGCCGGGCUCAGCAAAGUGGUCCACAACACCGCGCUGGACCCCGUGCACCAGCCGCCGCCGCCGCCGCCGCCGCCGGUCUGCAGGGUGAUCAAAGCCGCCGAGCCUCACCCCGCCGCCGUGGGGCAGAUGAACGGGACGGUGGAGCACGCCGGCGCCGCGCCGGCCGAGAAGAAACCGGCCGUCACCUACUGCCGCCUUCCCCUCCGCAAAACCUACCGGGAGAACGUGGAUGCCUUCGUGGCCGAGAAGCCGGGCGACAAGGGCGGCAGCGGCGCGCCCAAGGGCGACAAGGCGCCCGGCGUCAAGCAGGAGGACGGCUCGCGCGGCGUCAUCGCCUCGCACAAGACCCACGAGAGCGCGGCGGGCGAGAAGAGCCGGGCGGAGGAGAGCUCCAAGCUGCUCUUCUUCAGCCGCGGCGACGCGCGCUCGCUGGUGCUGCACGGCAGCCCCGUCCCGCAGAAGAGCGACGACUCUACCAGUGGCCUUAUGAAGGAACUCGCCGAAGUGGAGGAGGAGUUCUACCACGGCAUGAUCAAAACCGAGCCCCCCGACCACGGCCCCGGCGCCGAGCUCGCCUGGGAGGUGCCGCUGCCGCCGGCCAAGCGCAGGAAAUCCGAGUCCUUCGAGGUGGACAACGCCAGCUUCUCCAGCGACAGCCCGCAGGACGACUCGCUCAACGAGCACCUGCAGAGCGCCAUCGACAGCAUCCUCAACCUGCAGCAACCUCAGACUGGCGGCCAGAACGCCCGCACCCCCUCUUCCUCCUACAACUCCUCCUCCUCCCCUUUCUCGUCGCCCGUCCACCGCACGGACCCCUACCUUGCCCCCAAUCACAACGGCGGCCUUGGAGCGAGGACGUUGAACAGAUAACAGCGAACCGCGCGGAGCCGGACCACGAGCGAAGGCGUGGGGUGACGCGGGGUGGAUGGGGGAGUCCCGCAGCGCUCGGCCCCACGGCGGUCGGGGAGGGGGGGGGAAGGUCGGGUUGGGGGCGGACCCGUAGGUGUCGUCGGCUGUGUAAUUAGAUUCUGUAACAAAUGGCUGAUACGAAUAUCUGACCGGUCUCCGUUCUCUUCCCCCGCCCCGGCCGUCGUCCACGCGGAGCAGGCCGCGGGUCAGAGCCGUGGGAGGCCAACGAGGACCCUGCC